AUGGGUGUCACUGUGCUCAUGGGCCAUAUUCACCUGAAAACUGUCAAAUCCGCUGGUGAUGAGGGAGACCGCAGAGCAGAAGACUCAAUAACUGAAGACGACAAGAGGAGAAACUAUGGAGGAGUGUAUGUUGGCCUGCCCUCAGAAGCUGUCAACGUAGCGUCUAGUCAAGCAAAGACCGUACAAAAAAAGGAAGAUAACGCAAUGGCUGGAUACCCGAGAGCUUGCUUGUGAAUUUGGAAGGAACUUGGCUCCCAGGACAGUGUAUGAACACAGAUGUCUUCAAACAAAUUCCUAAAGGUUGUCCCUGCCGUGCCAUCUCGCCCAAAUCCUAGCUGUGUAGUCAGAGUCAUGGGUCCAUAACCGGAUGUCGUGGUCACAGAAGGAAGCUGACGAGACUUCGCGUUCAUCCGUGGGACUUUGUGCCACCCACCCAUGAGAGACCAUAAAGGCUGUUGUUACCCGGCCUGGGCCAGCAGGCUCCACACCAUGGUGUUUGGCCACUCAGCACAGUUCACAAAGCGCAUGUCUUUUCACAAAUAAUCUUUUGAUAGUUUUUAUAUGACACAAUCCUUACUGUAUUUAUAACACGACCGUAGGGCCAUGCAAUCGAAUUACUGAAGUAAUAUAUUGCCUCUUGUCCAUCGAUGUUUCUACAUCAUGACUUUUUAGCUGUGAAGUUGGUGAAUGGAUUCUUACAACCAUCUCCCGUUUUUACCAGCAGGUUUAACGUUUUUAUUUAAAUGCCGGAGAAUCCCUUCCCUUCGUUAAGAACGUUGCAGCAUUUGAAAAUGAACUGGUUCAAUGUGCAUGCUACACAUACAUGUGGAUUAAAUUCCUCUUCUCUUAUAUAAUUAUAAAUAUUCUCCAGCCAUCCAGUUGCCUGUUCUCCCCUUGUGUAGCCCGAGCAUCUCAUCAUGUUAACUUGGCACCGUCUCUUAGGACAUAACUGAGGACAGUUAAUGUUUAGCGGGGUAUCUGGAAAAUUCUUAAUUUGCUAACAAUGUGUGUAUCUACUCAUGACGGCAGUGACACAGUUUACCAAUGUAUUCCAACAAUUAAAUAUUUUUAUCCCUCUUUACCUA